CAAGAAGUAGAUUGCAAAAGUAGCACACUUAACUGCAAAGAGAACCACAUAGAAAAAGCAUAACCCAAACCCAAAAAUCAUAAGCAAAAGAAAAACCAAAAGAUGAGGUUGAUAGAGAAAGAUUGAUAUAGACCAUAUUAGAGACAAGAGACAAGAGACAAUUAUAUUGAAAGAGAAGCUAGCUUGCUUAACAAAAGGAUUUUUCCUGCAGAUUCAAUUUUGCAAAAAGCUGUCUAUAUUCCUCUUAUUAUUCUGAAAGGUAUGGAAAUUAUACCAGAAAAAGAUAUUCAUAUGUUAUUGUUAUAAACUAAAAAUAAUCCCUCAUUUUCUUUUCUUUUGGGUACUUGUUGAUUGAAAUUGUUAGAAUAUAUAUAUAUUAUGGGCUUUAACCAUCGGCUUAACUUUUGAUUGAAUUGGUUCAUUAACAUGGUCUCAGAGCCAGCGUGAUAAGAGUUUACGGGGUUCGAAUCUCAACCACCUUUCAUGUAAUGUAGAAUACUUAGCGUCAGACAUAUGAGAAGGAUACGUGUUGCAUCCACAAUUCUUGCCUAAAAGGCUUUUGUGUGAGAGACGUAUUAAAGUUAUAACAUAUACUGAGGUCUCAACUAUCAGUUUAAGUUUUUGAUUAAAUUGCUUUGCUGACAGAAAUAAUUAAGGGCUAUUUUUUUAAUAAUAUUUGUGAGCUGACUCUUGUGGCAAUUCUAAUGGCUGUAUUUCAUCAUGUAAUGAUCUUUGGCAAAGUUAUAAAUAGAUUGUUGCUAAGGCUAGCUUUUACUGCAAUUGCAGAUGAUGAUGAAGUUAAGGAUGAUGAUGGUUAUAUGGGAAUUAAAGUAGCAAAACCAAUCACAUUAAUCAUUAAUUAAUGUCAAUAAUUGUGAAAUUUCUAUGUCCCAAGAAUAUCACCAUCAAAAUCACCAGCAAGCAGCAGAUUCAAAUAUCUUUAGCUUCCCAAAUGGGUUUGACAGAUCUGCUGCGGCUUUAAAGCCGCGGCAGACUGACCAGACCACCGCGGCUCCUACGUCUGAAGACGGACGAGUACUCCAUCCCGUGUACGAAACUUCCGGGAUGUUGUCGGAAAUGUUUAGCUUUUCACAUGGGUAUCAGCCGGUUACAAACCCAGAUAUGUUGGAUUACCGGCGUGCUGUCGGUGGUCUGGGUCCGUGUCCGGGCCCGGAUCGGGGUCCUGUGUCUGGGCAUAAUUAUGAUCAUAUAGGUGGAAUAAAUACUGCAGCCAUGCAACUUGAACACCCAAGAUCACCAUCUUCACAACCACUAGAAGUGUUCCCACAUAUUUGGAACACAACACAUAUUGAUAAUAAUCAAGCAGCUGAAUCAAGUGGACAAGGUUUAUCAUUAUCAUCUUCAUUGAAACAUCUAGAACUUUCUAAAGUUGAGGAAUUUAGAAAUAUUUCUGGUUCAAAUAGUGAGACAAAUGAUAUUAUGUUUUUCAAUAAGAACCAGCAAGGUAAUGCUACAGGAAUAGGUCCUUCAUUUCAAGGUGGGCAUUUCUUCAAGAAUCUAGCUCCGUGUCCGGAUCCGGGUCCGGAUCCAAUUCAAAUCAUAAGUUGGUUUGGAGGUCCGAGUAGUGCUCAAUUUCAUGUUGGAUAUGGAUCGGCGUCCACUUCAUCUUUGGGAGUAGCCAAUGUGUUGAGAAAUUCUAAGUAUGCUAAGCCUGCUCAAGAAUUACUAAAAGAGUUUUGUAGUGUUGGAAGGAGUCAAAUGAAAAAGCCUAAUUUAGUGAGGCAAGAUUCUUCAAACCAAAACCCGACUUCGAGUGGCGGUGGCGGUGGCAGUGGUGGUGGUGGAUCUAUGUCGUUGACAAAAGAUCCACCACAAUUAACACCAGCUGAUAGGAUUGAACAUCAAAGGAGGAAGGUCAAACUUUUAGCAAUGUUGGAUGAGGUGGAUAGAAGGUACAACCAUUACUCCAAGCAAAUGCAUAUGGUAGUAAACUCAAUGGAAGUAAUAAUGGGUUACGGAGCAUCAAUUCCAUACACAUUGUUAGCUCAAAAGGCGAUGUCUAGACAUUUUAGAUGUUUAAAGGAAGCAAUACAAGUGCAGCUAAAACACAGUUGUGAAAUGCUUGGAGAAAAAGAUCCAACAAGUUCAGGAAUAACAAAGAGUGAAACACCAAGGUUGAAGAUUCUAGAACAAAGUUUAAGACAACAAAGAGCAAUUCAUCAAAUGGGAAUGAUUGAUGAAGAAGGUUGGAGACCUCAAAGAGGAUUGCCUGAGAGAUCUGUUGGAAUUUUAAGGGCAUGGCUCUUUGAACAUUUCCUUCAUCCGUAUCCAAGCGACGCUGAUAAACAUCUGUUAGCUCGACAAACUGGUUUAUCAAGAAGUCAGGUAUCAAAUUGGUUCAUAAAUGCAAGAGUAAGAUUAUGGAAACCCAUGAUUGAAGAGAUGUACCAACAAGAGUCAAAAGAAAUUGAAGAAGAAACAGAAAAGGAAAGAAACCAGCAAACAACACAGAAUCACUUGUCUUCCUCCUCUUCAGAACCCAAAACAUCAUCAACUCAUCAUAAUACAAUGUUGGCCCCACACCCAUUACCAGAACCACCUCCUUAUACGGCUGUUCAGCUUCCUAGUGUGUCCCAAUAUUUGGGAGACACUUGCCAUCACUUUGAUGGGGCUCAAAAUAUGGGUCCCACUACUGUGAUUAGCUUUGGUAAUGCUUCUGGUGACGUGUCACUCACCUUAGGGCUUCGUCAUUCUAGCAAUGUUUCAGAGAAAGCCACUGGUUUUUCUGUUGGAAGAGUUCGAAUACAUGUAGUGUAACAACUUCAUCACUAUUAUUGUUAUUGUUAAUGAAGGUUAGAUUUUUAUUUUUAUUAUUGUUUGCCUUUUGGUAUAAAAACAUAAUAUUAUGUCUUCCUAGUUUAUUAAACAAAGAGAAAAAGGAAUGAAAAGAAUAUAGUAGUAGUAGUACUAAGCUAGUUAGCUAAUUAGCUAGGUUGGUUUGUUUCAUAAUUUUUUCUUAUUUCAUCAAUUUUUUCCUUUUUUUGCUGAAAAUUGUAUAGUAGAGCAAGUUCUUUUUUUUGUUAUAUUUUGAAGCAGUGUCAAGUAGGAGUGUAAGUAAUUUGGUGAAAAAUCGAAUACCAAAUCAAACCAAAUCAAAUAAGUAAUUUGGUUUGAAUAUAUUUUAAAUUUGUUUUGGUUUGGACUGAACUUUAAUUAUAAUUCGGUUUUCGGUUUGGACGCGGUCUAGGGUCCAACAAAACCAAAGAACUGAAAAAAUC